AUGGGCAGCGUCGUGGUGCUGUACACAUGGAUGGUCCGGGGACACCUCCACCCCAUGGCGCUGCUCGCCGACCGCUUGGCCGGCCACGGUGUUCCCAUCACCAUGGCUAUCGCCGACGUCCCGUCGUCCAGCGACUCCCGUGAGACCGUCGCCCGUCUCUCUGCCACCUACCCCUCCGUCUCCUUCCAUCUCCUCCAGCCGGCAACCGCCCGUUCCGGCGACGACGCCGACCCCGACGCCGACCCCUUCAUCACGCUCAUCGCCGACCUCCGCGCCACCAACCCCGCGCUCCUCGCGUUCGUGAGGUCCCUCCCGUCCGUGAAGGCGCUCGUGCUCGACUUCUUCUGCGGGUGCGCGCUCGACGCCGCCGCGGAGCUCGGACUCCCGGCCUACCUGUUCUUCACGUCCGGCGCGUCCCCGCUUGCUGCCUAUCUGCACAUCCCCAUCAUGCGGUCCGACGUCUCCUUCGGGGACAUUGGGCGCUCGUUGCUGCACUUUCCCGGAGUGCACCCAGUUCCUGCCUCGGACUUGCCUGAGGUCCUGCUCGGUCCUCACAACGAGCAGUACAAGGCAACCAUUGGUCUCUUCGAGCAGCUGCCCAGAGCGAAGGGCAUACUAGCCAACACGUUCGAGUGGUUGGAGCCCCGCGCCGUGAGGGCAAUCGAGGAGGGCAGCCCCCGCCCCGGCGAGCCAGUGCCGAGGCUGUUCUGCGUCGGCCCGUUAGUGGGCGAGGAGAGGGGAGGAGAUGGGAACGCGAAGCACGAGUGCUUGACGUGGCUGGACGCGCGGCCGGCGCGGAGUGUGCUGUUCCUCUGCUUCGGGAGCGCUAGCUCGGUGCCGGCAGAGCAGCUGAAGGAGAUCGCGGUGGGGCUGGAGAGGAGCGGGCACGCGUUCCUCUGGGCCGUGAGCGCGCCAGUCGCGCCCGACGCCGACUCGACGAAGCGGUUCGAGGGCCGGGGCGAGGCGGCGCUGGAGGCGCUGCUCCCGGACGGGUUCCUGGACAGGACGCGCGGGCGCGGGCUGGUGGUGCCGACGUGGGCGCCGCAGGUGGAGGUGCUGCGGCAUCCGGCGACCGGAGCGUUCGUGACCCACUGCGGGUGGAACUCGACGCUGGAGGCGAUCACGGCGGGCGUGCCAAUGGUGUGCUGGCCGAUGUACGCGGAGCAGCGGCUGAACAAGGUGUUCGUCGCGGAGGGGAUGAAGCUCGGGGUGGUGAUGGAGGGUUACGACGAGGCCAUGGUGAAGGCGGAGGAGGUGGAGGCCAAGGUCAGGCUGGUCAUGGAGUCCCAGCAGGGAAAGGAGCUCAGGGACAGGGUGGCCGUGGCUAAGGAUAAGGCCGCCGCCGCGCUGGAGACCGCCGGAUCGUCAAAGGCAGCGUUAGUUGACUUUAUCAACAACCUGGAAAUUUCGACGCACCAGUGA